GAGCAGGCGCUGUCGUCUGGCCUGAUUCUCCUCGCAGGGGGCAUCGUGGCCACCGCCGGGCGCUUCACGCAGUGGUACUUUGGUGCCUACUCCAUCGCGGCGGGGGUGUUCGUCUGCCUGCUGGAGUACCCCCGGGGGAAGAGGAGAUCGGGCUCCACCAUGGAGCGCAGCGGCCAGAAGUACAUGACCCCCGUGGUGAAGCUGUUCGGGCCCCUCACCAGGAACUACUUCGUCCGCAGCAUCCUGCACCUCCUGCUGUCUGUGCCUGCCGGCUUCCUUCUGGCCACCAUCCUGGGGACUGCCUGCCUGGCCAUCGCCAGUGGCAUCUACCUGCUGGCAGCCAUCCGAGGCGAGCAGUGGACCCCCAUCGAGCCCAAGCCCAAGGAGCGGCCGCAGGUUGCAGGCACCAUCAAGCAGCCGCCCAGCAACCCCCCACCCCGGCCCCCGGCUGAGGCCCGCAAGAAGCCCAGCGAAGGGGAGGAGGCAGGAGGAGGCCCUCCAGGUGGCCCCCAGCUCAACCCCAUCCCGGUGACCGAUGAGGUGGUGUGACCGCGGCCGGCAUCGCAGACCCGCCCGCCCACGGCUCUGGCCCAUGCUCCACGUGGCCCCUGCCCACAAUAAACGCAGUAACCAUG